AUGUGGGUGCUGAAAAUCAGUGAUUUCAUCACGAUGAGUGGUGCCCCUUUGCACCACGAGGAACUGCAGGAACAGGGCCUUUUGCACGAAUGGGAUCCGAGCUUCUUCACCGUCCUCGUGUCUCACGAGUGGCUCGCGCAAGAUCAUCCAGAUCCCAAAGGUUAUCAAUGUCACUGCUUGAGGAUGGCUAUAUUCAACAUCAUCGAUGGCUCAUUGAGGGUGGAAUACGAUGCCUUAGCUCAGAGUUUGGGUUUCCAGAGACACCUGAGCACUUCGGAAAAAGAGCAAAUCCGUCACGGCUACAUUUGGAUGGACUGGUAUUCCAUUCCACAAACGCGCAACACUCUUCAUGCCUCCAUCGUGAAGUUGAAAGAAUGUAUGCCUGGCUACGUUGAACGUUGUGACCUGUGGCACAAGAAGAGGGACAAACGAGAGACAGAACGAGACCGACCAGCGGACCAUGUUUGGUUCCGACAGAUCUCUUCGAAGCAACGCCGAAGCAACGCCGCGUCGCUGCCGAUGCUACUGAUUUCAGGUGAUGAGGGGGUCAAGUUCCUCCGCGCACAUUUUUGGCUUUAUGCCACAGUACAUGAGGGGGGCUUCACCAUCGAGGAGGACCGUGAAGGUCUGAAGCCCAUCAUGGAGUUCUUUUUGAGAGAAAGGUUGGCAGACUUGCUGCUAUUGCAGAAGCUCGAUGAAUUCCGAUAUUUUCUUGGGAGGUUUGAGCGAAUCACUGGAUCUGCUCCAAAAACUCGAAGUUUUGAAGAGUUCUUGACUGAUUUCCAGUUCAACCAGAGAUCAUUGGGCCAAACAAAGGGCAUCGGUCCGCUGGCCUGCGCAGUGUUGAGUGGCGAUGUCGAGUUGAUUCCCACGCUCGUGCAGAGGCGCGCAAACCUUCACUGUCGUGCCUCAAAGAACUUGGAUCUUGAUAUCAUUCCUGGUUUGACUCCUCUUCACUUCGCAGCCAAGCAUGCUUGUGAUCCCGCUGCCAUCAUGGCACUCCUAGCAUUGCGAGCAGAUGUCAAUGAGACAGAUGCAAUCGGAACUUCAGUGAUUGGUCACGCAGGGACCAAAGAGAUUGCCAAAUUGCUCAUUGAGAUGGAGGCAGAUGUGAACCAACGAAAGCCUCCUUUUGGGAUGCCACCCCUGUCCGCUUGCAUCUUACGUCCAUUGGAGCCCGAAGGGCUUUCCAUCAUGAUUGAAUCACGGGCCGAACCCAAUUGUGGUGCUGGGAUGUAUUCCCUUUCUCCGCUCUCCACGGCAACAACCUUCCCUGGAAUGCCUCAUGGCACUGAAAUCAUGCAGUUGCUUUUGAGAGCACGCGCCGAUGUGAACUACCGCGAGAGCUUCUAUAGGUCGUUAGCAGUCUCCGCACGACUGUUGUGCAAUUUGCAAAGAAGGCCCUCUGUCCUGGUGAAGGGGAUUGCAGAUUGUACCGGCUCCACUCCUUUGUACAUCGCAGCGUGGUUUGGAAAUCCAGAAGCUGUUAACUUGCUACUUCAAGCCAGAGCAGAUCCGGAGAUCAACAACGAUCGAGGGGAGCGCUACUUAGAUGUCCUGAAUCAGCACAAUUGCUUCAAUAUCUCCACAGCAAUGACAUGGCAAGUGCGCAGCGAGUCUGCUUGGACAGAGGUCUUGUUGGCUGAGCGCCCCACGCGCAUGGAGUCCUUCGCCUCCUCAGGCAGUGCCCGCUCCACCCGCUCCACCCGCCUUCGCACGGGGCGAGCGCGCGGGAGAGGGAGCGGUGCCAGGAGUAGCCGCGCCAGCAGCGCAGAGCCUGCAGAGGUGGAGUCAGGUCCGGACAUCGUGGCCACCGAGCUUUGA